AUGACUCGUCUAGGCUUUGUCGGUCUCCUUUUGACCACUGUCGUCAGCGCAGUUCCCCUUGUCACUGAACCCAACCUGAAUGCCUCGAAAUGGACGGCCGGUUAUGGCCUUCAGCCGGACGAUGUCAUCCUCCCCAUCGAAGGCAUCACGUAUGUCAUCAAGGAAAGCCACUAUUUCGCGUUGCUCAAAUCCCAAGGAAUCUCUGUUGGUGCCCCCGAGCUUGACCCGUCCUGGGUCUCUUACAAUGCUUCCGAUAUACCGGACCUGGAAGAGAUCGACGUUGGCGAGCGUGGCCUCGAACCUCGCCAGGCAUCUUGCGACAGCACUUUCUCCCUUGUAACGGACAAGACGGAGACCUUCGUGGACUGGGACGUCCAGAUGUCGCCCGUUGUCUGCGCCGUCGGCGAUAUGGACAUCAGCGUCAGCUCUGGCUACAGCGUCUCCAACACCGUCGGCGGCAGCGCCGGUGUCGACUUGACCUUCGUCAAGGACAGGCUGGGUUCCUCGCUCGAGAUCAACUAUAGCCGCACCUGGACGACUCAAAGUUUUGAAAGAGCCCUCCGUACAUUCAGUGGAAUCUUCGAUACCCCACUUAGCCAAUCCCCCCUAGCCCCGACAAGACAUCUCUGGGCUAUUAUGUGGCCUUCCAUGAGGACCAGGAAAGGCAACUUGAACUGUAUUUGUUCCAUUCAGUUCGUAUACUCCCGUCACUCGUUGGGCAUGAAACGGCAGCACUACGGCCGACAUCAGUGA